AGAAAUCAAGUCAAGAUAGCUUGCUCUUCUUCCAAGAAAAAAUAAUAAUAAAUAAUUUCUCCACCAGAGGUCAUGUCGGGAAAUAUUAAGGUUGUGGUAAGAUGUCGGCCACUGAACUCGAGAGAGAUAGCGAGAGGGGCGAAAUGCUUGAUCAGGAUGGAAGCAGGCACGCACACGUUCCUAGACCCCCCACCGACCGAGAACGAGGCAGGCGCUGGUGACCAAAAAUCAAAAUCGAAAUCAUCAGCUACCGAUAAAGAGACCAAAAGUUUCGCUUUCGAUCACAGUUAUUGGUCCGCCUGUCCGAAGGAUGAGCCUGGCUACGCUUCGCAACAGACCCUAUACGAAGACCUCGGUGUCGACCUACUUAAUAACAGCUUCGAGGGUUAUAACUCUUGUAUCUUUGCUUAUGGCCAAACUGGUUCCGGAAAGUCAUAUUCAAUGAUGGGCUAUGGUCAAGAUCGUGGAAUCAUCCCAUUGACCUGUUCAGCUCUGUUCGACCGGAUACAAGAAAAGAAGUUGACUGACCCAGCGGUAUGCUAUACGGUCGAAGUUUCGUUUAUGGAAAUUUAUAAUGAGCGUGUUCGGGAUCUACUGAAUCCGAAGAACAAGGGGAAUCUUAGAGUCCGAGAGCAUCCCAGCUUAGGUCCUUACGUUGAAGACCUCUCGAAGCUGGCAGUCCAAUCCUACAGCGAUGUCGAAACUCUGAUGGAUGAGGGGAACAAAGCCCGAACGGUGGCGGCAACAAACAUGAACGAAACUUCCUCCCGUUCUCAUUCGGUCUUCACACUCUUGCUAACUCAGCGACGAAAAGAUGCGACAACAGGUAUGGAGGGCGAGAAGGUCUCAAGAAUCAGUCUGGUCGAUCUGGCAGGCUCGGAGCGUGCUAAUAGCACGGGUGCUACCGGUGUUAGACUCAAGGAAGGUGCUCAGAUCAACAAAUCUCUUACCACGCUCGGAAAGGUUAUCUCAGCCCUGGCUACUGCUGGUUCAUCCGGCCCUGGAAAAAAGAAGAAAGCCGACGACCAUGUUCCCUAUCGAGAUUCAGUAUUGACCUGGCUGUUGAAAGAUAGUCUCGGUGGUAACUCGAAAACUGCUAUGAUUGCUGCCAUCAGUCCGGCCGAUUACGAAGAGACUCUUUCGACCUUACGAUAUGCCGACCAGGCCAAGAAGAUCAAGAACAAGGCAGUUGUGAACGAGGACCCUAAUGCUAAAUUGAUACGAGAACUGAAAGAAGAACUGGACACUUUGCGCUCUCGGAUGAGUGGAGGUCAUAGCGAAGAUACUUAUGAUGUUACUCUGCCACCCGAAAAACAGAUCGUUAAAUAUCAAACCAAGAGCGGAGAGAUCAAAACGGUAACCAAGGCCGCCCUUCAAGAGCAAUUGGAGCAAUCGGAGAAACUAAUGAGCGAAGUUGCUCAGACCUGGGAAGAGAAAUUGAAAAACACUGAAGUCGUACAGAAAGAGCGAGAGCAAGCAUUGGAAGAACUUGGUAUCACCAUCGAGAAGAACAACGUCGGUGUCUAUACACCCAAGAGGAUGCCCCAUCUUGUCAAUCUCAACGAGGAUCCCUUAAUGUCUGAAUGUCUCAUCUACCAAAUUAAGCCUGGGACCACCACUGUCGGGAAUACUGAAACUACUGAGCCAUGCGACAUUCGACUUAGUGGUCGUAAUAUCCUUGCCCAACACUGUCACUUCGAAUCUGACAAGGAGACGGGUGCGGUCGAACUGUUUUCUCAUCCGAACGCGCCCACCAUGGUCAACGGACAACGCCUGAGCCCGGGCAAACCCAGGAAACUUCGAUCAGGUUAUCGAGUGAUCUUGGGAGAUUAUCACAUCUUCCGUUUCAAUCACCCAGAGGAAGUCCGUAAACACCGAGAGAAGGUGAAUACAGCUAGCGAGCCUGGGGCUGAACUUCGAUCGCCUCUGACCAAUGAUCACAACGGCUCAGCUUCGCCCCUUCAUCGACCCGAUACCCCAACUUCUAGCUCCGUCAUCGACCCACAAGACUAUCAUUACGCUCGGAGAGAAGCAGUGAUCUCAAAGCUGAAUGGCACCGAAGUCAAUCUUGAUGAAAUGGAUGAGGCCGAGUUCGAAAAGCUCUUUGAUGAUGUGGUCAGGCUGCGUAUGCAAAGAAAAGUUGGAACUAGCGUGAGCGGUCGAGAGAGUAGGAUGUCAUACAUUAGCGAAGAGGAAGAUAUUCUAUCUGCUUCCCAUCGACCGCCUUCCGGUAGCACGUUCGUUACAGACGAUACGAGUGUUGCUGGGUCGAUUUUUAAUGAUUUGGAGCUCACGAUCCCUGAGGAAGGGAAUCAAUUGAAACGCAGUCCCAGUGAUCUUGCAUCAAACGGAGCGAUCGAAACUGAACACCUGAGGCUAGAGAAGGAGCAGGUCGAAAAUCAAAUGAAAGAACUGAAAGAAGAAAUGGAACAAAAACUAGAGGUUCAGAAACAAAUGUUUCAAAAGAAGGUGAAGAAACUGAGGACGAAGAGCAUGCAAUUCAACCACAACGACUUAGACAUUGCGUUUGAGCUAGAAGAUUGGACACCACAAGAGCGCCAUCUGGCUCGGAUAUCAAUCAAACGGUGGAAAAAGCUGAACCGGGUGAAGAUUGCUGAGAAACUACUGAGAAAGGCUGUAAUCCUCAAGGAAGCCAACGUGAUUAGUCGAGAAUUGAAUAAGAUGGUGACUUACCAGUUUAUCAUUGUAGACCGAUCGCCCCUUGAGCUCACCACCUCGGCCCUAGAAUCGAUCAAGGGACUGAGUGAAUUUGAUGAUGUGUCGGAUCCCGAAUUGAGCGAUCGAUCAAAUAGACCCUGCAUCGGCAUCAAGGUUCUCGACAAACGUCACAGGUCGGUUUAUCUUUGGUCGCUCGAUAAACUCGAGACGAGGGUGAGCCAGAUGCGGAACCUGUUCAACUUUAUCGACAAGCCCGAAUUCUCUCAGCAUUUCAAUUGGGAAGACCCUUUCUACGACCCAUCGCCACCCUUAUAUUCUUUCAUUGCCCAUGCGUUCAUUCCUUUAGGUCCAAUAUACCGCAACACGCCCAUCAAAACUACUCUGUCACUAUAUAGUCCAUAUACCUUGGCCUCCAUCGGCACUUGUCGCAUCCAAAUCCGAACUAUCGGUAUCGCACCUCCGGCCCGAACAGGCAUUCUACUCAACUCUCCCAACGGCACUAUCCAGCCUGCUGUUAAUGAAAGUUUGUGUCCAUUGGUAGAUGAUGCGAAAAUCACGCUUGAGAUCAUCAUUGAUGAAGUGGUCGGAUUGACUUCGAGGGACUUUUCGUCGGUGCAUUGUCAGUUUCGAGCAUCAUCUAUCACGGGUGUACUCAAGGACGGUACCGAGGACCAUGUGUGGAGCUCCAAGGCGUUUGAUUUGCCGUGCGAUCAGAAAGAGAUGGUCUUGAAGCAAACCAUCUCGGUUGUCAUGAGCCCGCAAACGAAGAGCCAUCUCGCUCAUGGAUGUGCACCGAUCGAGUUCUUCGGACAAUUGAUGCCAAGCUAUUUGGAUCGGCUGGAACGUCAGGAUGAGAAAAAGGCUGAAGAAAAGAAACUGCUUGAUGAUAAUGGCGGCCGCUCGGAACUCCUCAGUCCUCAGUCCGACUCCGCUUGUCCCACUCUUAAUCAGCAAUCGACAGCUUCGAUAAUUCGGAUGAGACAACCGGAAACCGAAUUUGUUGUAGAACAGAUGCAUGACGUGACGAGUGCGAUUAGAAUGCUUGAACUAACCGCACUUGGGGACUAUCAGUCGACGACAAUCAUCUCACAGAAUGCGCUCGAUCCGGGGGUGUUCUACCUCAGACAGGGUCUCCAGCGGAAGCUUGCCAUCAGAUUGACGCAUAACUCUGGUCGUCAGUUUGGGUGGCAACGGAUGGAGAAGGUCGAGAUGGGCAAUGUGAGGCUGCUCGAUGGCCAGGGUCGGAUCCACAGUUCGAAGGUGGACAGAUGGGUCACCAUCAAGGCCUCCAAGAAGCCGGUCGUCCAUUUCGAAGCCGACGGGACAUCGUGGAUGGAUUACGUGGGCAAUUGGGAUGCGGGUGGUCAUGAAUCUCAUUACUUGGAUCGAGUCACCCAAAGUGAGCAGAGGGUAUUGGUUGAACUUCGGUGGGAGGUCGAGGCCAAGAACUGUGUGGAGCCGAUCAAGUUUAGGACGGAUAUCGGGAUGGUCGUCAAAGGGACGCGAUCAGAGAAAAGGCUGAAAGGAUGGAAAACUAGGGGCCUUGGUUUGUUGACCGAAUGGAUCAACUUCCGGGACUCGAUCCUUCUCAAAACUGAAGUCGACGGAAUCAAAGCUAUCGUCACUUCUCUCACUCUUAAAUCCAUCAAUGAGCUCGAUGAGCGGCUUAAGAAUCCGGAACCGGGGGCUGCUGAUCUAUUCAAAAUCGGCAAAAGCUUAGAGUUAUGGCAAAAGCGAUUUGGCCCUAAAGGCAAUAUGAAAUUUUUAGAGGAACCUCAACUGAUUGUCCUGGAUCAACAACCAAUUGAAAGCCCCUCGACACCAAAACAGACGUUUGAAUCACCAAAGAAUCGGAGACUAAAGGCUGAAGUGAGACUAAUACCACGACAUGAAAACGCAAUCAGGAAGGGUAAACUCAACGUCUUGCGGGAUCCGACGCGAGAUGAUUGGGUUAAUCGAUGGUUCGUGUUGAAGCGUCCAUAUUUAUAUAUUUAUGAGAAGAAUGAUGAGGUCGAGGAACUCGGUGUGAUCAACCUUCUCAAUGUACACAUCGAUUCAAAUCCCGAAAUGGAACUCAUGUUGAAUAGGAAGAAUAUCUUUGCGAUUUAUUCGUCAACCAAUUCGUAUUUCUUAGAGUGUCUGAAUCCGAAGGAUCUGGCGGAAUGGUGUCUAGCUAUCAAACCAUUAAUCGAAUAAACCAGCACACUAGAAAAAUAUUUUUUUUUGAAAAAAAAAAAAAAAACAUCCUAUCCAAACAUAGACCAUAUCUUUAUUCAUCAUCAAUAUAUAAUUAUAUAUCUUCUUCUCUCAGUCAGUCAUUCAUAACUAUGCAAGUGUUGUCUUCAAUCGCUAGUGUAUAUACUAUAGCUGCUCAACCCUUUUCUUCUUCUU